UUUUACUGCACUUAUAGACAGCUAUUUUCAUCUAUAAUCAUCACCAAUCUGAUUUCAUGGCUGCUCAGGCUUACACAGAAACUCUGAUGGCUAGUCUUCCGGUUCCAGCUACUCAUCUUCUCUCUCUUUUCCCAACUAUAAGCCCCGAGACAACCAGACAUGGGGCUCGUUUUCUCUUCCAAUCCCAUAAACCUAACCCUAGAACCUCGUGCUCCAUUAGCUUCGCCAACCGAGCUCUUCCCUGCCCCAUUUCCAAACCCGGGCUUUCACGAGCAAUUCCCAACUAUUCCUCGGUACCCAUCGAAGCCAAUCCCAAAAGGGACGCCGCAACUAUCCGAGAAAUCUGCGAAGGCCACGUUCCCGAACAUGUUAUACGCAGGGCAGAGGAGGUUGGGUAUGUUAGACCAACAGAUGUACAGCUUCAAGCACUGCCCGUUCUGUUUUCGGGUCGUGAUUCUAUACUUCAUGCGCAGACAGGUUCUGGGAAGACACUGGCAUAUCUGCUUUUGAUAUUUUCUGUCAUAAACACUCAAAGAUCUGCCGUUCAGGCAGUAAUAGUAGUGCCUACCCGGGAACUAGGCAUGCAAGUUACAAGAGUUGCUCGGAUGUUGGCUGGGAGGCCUAUGGAACUUGAAUUGGAGCAGAAGGGGUGUACUGUCAUGGCUCUUUUAGAUGGGGGAAUGCUAAGAAGACACAAGAGUUGGCUAAAGGCGGAGCCCCCUACAAUAGUGGUGGCAACAAUAAGGAGUUUGUGCCAAAUGCUUGAGAAGCAAAUCUUAAAGCUCGAAUCAAUGAGGGUGCUGAUAAUUGAUGAGGUUGAUUCGAUGUUCAAUUCUUCAAAAGAAGUCAGUUCUCUUCGAAAGCUUUUGACCUCAUAUUCAUCACUCAACAACCGUCAGACCAUUUUUGCCAGUGCAUCCAUCCCCCAGCACAGACGAUUUUUACAUGACUGUAUACAGCAAAAGUGGACCAAGAGUGAUGUGGUUCAUGUCCAUGUCAAUCCAAUUCAGCCCAUGCCAUCAUGCCUACAUCAUAGAUUCGUGAUAUGUGGCAAAAGCAGAAGGCAUAAAACCUUGCUAUCGAUAUUACAUUCUGAUGCACCUGAGUCUAGCAUUAUCUUUGUUGGUGAGCAGUCUGAGAAGUCAAAGAAGGCUGGGAAUGUUCCAUCAACAACUUUAUUAGUUGAUUUCUUGAAGGUUUCUUAUGUGGGUUGUUCAGACAUCCAUCUUCUGGAAGAAGACACAAAUUUCAAUUUACGAGCAGCUUCUCUCUCGGAAGUGAGACAAGGAGGAAACUAUCUUCUAGUAGCAACAAACAUAGCGGCUAGAGGGGUUGACCUGCCAGAAACAACUCAUAUAUACAACUUUGAUCUGCCAGGAACCGCCGUGGAUUAUCUUCAUCGAGCAGGAAGAACAGGUAGGAAACCAUUUUCAGACAACAAAUGUACUGUUACCAACAUUAUAAUGUCAGAGGAGCGAUUUGUUUUGCAAAGAUAUGAAAACGAAUUAAUGUUUACCUGUGAAGAACUUAUUUUAUAGAAUCCAUGUAUAUUUCAUUUUAUACAAAAUAGAAAUCCAACCCCUCCGCCAUAAAUUUGGCUAA